CAGCCGAGCAAUUGAUUUCAUCCACGAGCGAGUCCGCGGAAGAUGAAUGAAUGAAUCCGCGACAUACAAACACAGACGCGUACAAGAGAUGGUUCCAUGUGCUGUUGUUCAACUUUGCCUUCUCUUCGAUGUCGCUUCGCGACACCCAGCCCCUGGCCCCCCCGCCAUGCACACCACACCCCUACGACGCAAAUGCCCCAACUUCUACCUACACAACGCUCCCUCUCUUCCUACCGGAAUACAUACAACCGGACAUCUCCCUUCGUCUCCAGACAACUAUCCUCAGAGAAUGCAAUGCCUCGUCAGAAGUCGUUGAGGCUUCUGGGCCUCUUAGGCGGCAGUGUGCCCUUAGUAAGGUAGGCGUCGAUGUCAUCCUGCAGCGGCGAAUCCAUCGGAUACACACCGGGCUUGUACCGCCGAAUCGGCACGCCAUCAGCGUCUACGCACAUAACACAGUCCAAUCAGCGAUCCGAUCCCGUCCGUCCACGUGUGUGUAUGUGUGGCUGGCACACCGAGCAGGAACUUGGCGUAGCUGACGAGUGACAGACACACAGAACGACACACACACAACGGAGAGAGGGAUGGAGCUGUGCAUACAGAAUGGCUGUGUGUUGGUGCCGUGCUGAAGGGGGGAGGGGAUCAUACUUCCACUCUAUCCUGCCCGUCAUGCCGUCGGCCGAGGUGAGCGUCGCGAACAGGGGGUCUUGUUGAGGGCCAACCUGCACACGCUGCUUGUCGAGAAUCGGAAACUGCACAGAACAGCCGACCCCACCAACAGACGAGCUCUUCUCUUAUGUCUGGCUAUCAUCAUGCGUGCAUGUGUGGUGUGUCCACGCACCUCGACUCCAUAGAGGCCACACAUGUUCUUCCGAAUCGUGGCGCUCUCAUCGGGAUCCUGAGGAAGAUCAGACGCAUGUGUCCAUAUCCCAGCCAGCGUCUCCCCGUCGUGUCACUCUUCACUUGGUAGGCGAAUUCAUUGCUAGGCACUGCAACAAUGUUCAGCCCCUUAUCAUGGUACCUUUCAUAGAGCGACACCAAUCCUGCAGCCAGCCAGACAGACAGACAGGUGCGCAGGAUACAACCCAACUGACAAACGUGUCAGUGGUAUUGCAGUGGCGUCUCCUGACCUUUGUUGUUUCCGUCCGUCAGGGCGCAAUAAGAAGCGGUAUUGGCCACCAGCGUCAGCUUCGGGCCCAAAUACUCCCGGAACUUGUGCAUCUUGCCCUCAAGCGCCACGUCGAUGUCAGCUACGCUCCUCGCGGUGCCAGCUGCAAGGGCCUGCGAGUCCUCAAGGCCGAGAGCGCCGAUGCCGAUCAGUGCAGUGGUGGAUAUGAGGGCAUCCUGGAGGUGCCGCCGCCUCUCGGCUGACGGAUCUGGUCUGCCUCUGUGUGACGACGGAAGCGAGGAGAGAGGGUGCGGCCGGUAGCCUUCCACGACAUACGAGAAUGCCGCAGCGGUCAGGACGAGCAGCAGCGCCAUGUUUUCCCUUGUCUUUACUCCUGCC